AUGGCAGAAGAAGUUCCCACCGCAGCACCCGCCGCCCCGGCAAAGGCACCAGCUAAGUCCCCAAAGAAGAAGUCCACCAAGCCGGCCACGAAGGUUGGUCCCGGCGCCGCGGAGCUCAUCCUGAAGGCGGUCACUGCUUCCAAGGAGCGGAAAGGAAUCUCUUACGUGGCUCUGAAGAAGGAGCUGGCCGCCCAGGGAUACGACCACACCACUCACAUUAAACGCGCCGUGAAGAAGCUACUGGAAAAGGGAUCCCUUCUGCAGGUCAAGGGAACCGGGGCGACCGGGUCCUUCAAGGCGGCCAAACCCGCUGAGAAGCCCAAGAAGGCGGCGAAGAAGCCCGCAGCCAAAGCAACGAAGCCGGCAGCGAAGAAACCCGCCGCUAAGAAGGCGAAGGUAGCAACACCCAAGAAGGCGCAGAAGCCCGCUGCUGCCAAGAAAACCCCCGUGAAGAAGGCCACAAAGAGCCCCAAGAAGAAAGUGGUCAAGAAGGCAGCCACCCCCAAGAAAGCAGCGACCCCCAAGAAGGUAGUAACCCCCAAGAAAGCUGUGAAGAAGGUGGUAAAAGCCAAAGCUGCUAAACCAGCGAAGAAGCCUGCAGCCAAUAAACCAGCGAAGAAGUAAACACAUCAUCUACUUCACUUACAAAAGGCUCUUUUCAGAGCCACCACAUACACCAAAAGAGCAUUUAUCCUGAAUGUGGUUAAUGAUGUAAAUAUUAUUGAAAUGUGUGAUAUUUAUUAGUUAUA